AUGAGCGACGACAUUCAUAACCCCUUCUUCCUCCACAGUGGUGAUCAUCCGGGAUUAAUCGUAGUCAUCCACGUCAUGAAUGGAAACAACCACAACACUUGGGAGUGUGCGAUGUGGAUUGCGUUGAACGCGAAGGACAAGCUGGGCUUCAUAGACGGUUCGGUGUCGCAACCCAACAGUACAGACUCCAUGGCAGGAGCAUGGUCUCGCUGCAACUCCAUGGUGAUUUCGUGGCUUCUCAAUGCAGUCGUGAAGGACAUCGUGGAUAGUCUGUUUUACCUUGAAAAUGCUCAAGCUAUUUGGUCCGAUUUACAACAUAGAUUUCAACAAAGCAAUGCACCAAGAAUAUUCCAGUUGAAGAAAUUCAUGAACACUUUCACGCAAGGCUCCCUCACCAUGAAUACAUAUUAUACCAAAAUGAAGACUAUGUGGGAUGAACUAAAAACCUAUCAGCCCGCACCCGUAUGCCCUUAUGGUGGAAUAAGGGCUUGGAACGAUUACUAG